GGAGGACCUGAGCGCAGCCAUAGGUCACUCAGAUACAGGAGUGAGAAGAUGGUGUUGUUUGGUGGCUCCCUGCCGGGUGUGGUGGUGGUGGUGGUGCUCAGCCUCCCUCUGAUGCUGGCCAGGGGCUUUCAAGGCAUACCUGGUGACUUCUGCAGGAACAGGAAGCCGUCAGAAUGUUGCGACGACCGCCUGGACGACUGCUCCGUGCCCAUCAUGGGCUCCCUCUGCUACUGCGACGAGUUCUGUCUCACUAGAGACUCUGACGACCGCCAGGAAGAUGAAGUCCUCGAGGAUGACUGCUGUCCAGACUUCAGAGAAGUGUGUCUUGGGGAGCGGCCAAUCAAUGACGGUCCGGACCAGCUCGACCUUGGAGACUGUGAGAAGGAUGGAGUGAAAAUUGCACGAGGGGCUACUUACCAGGAAAACUGUAACAAAUGCACCUGUGAGAGAGGAGAAGUAUCAUGUGAGCAGGACGAGUGUAUGGUAGAGAAGAAAGUGAUAGCCAAAGUGAACCAAGGUCUUCGUCAGUAUGGGUGGAUAGCUGGCAACUACUCCAAGUUUUGGGGCAGGAAGACCAGGGAGGGUCUGACUCUCAGAACUGGCACUUUCAACCCUGAAAGCCAAUCAAUGCAGAUGUACCCAAUCACCUUACAUCCUGAAGUUUCCCGCAUUCCAAAGCACUUCGACCCACGCAACGAACCUAAGUGGCAGGGUCGUUUGAGUGACGUGAGGGACCAGGGGUGGUGUGGCUCCUCCUGGGCCUUCUCUACUCUGGCAGUCACUCAGGACAGGAUCUCCAUCAUCGCCAAGGGGAUGAAGUCUAUCCAACUCUCUCCUCAGAACCUACUGAGCUGUGCCAAGUUGGGCCAGCAAGCUUGUGAGGGAGGCUACAUCGAUCGGGCCUGGAACUACCUCAGACGAACUGGAGUGGUGCUUGAGGAGUGCUACAGGUAUGAGAGUGGAACAUCAGGGAAGGUACCAAGGUGUCUGAUCCAGAGACAUGAUUUCUCCAAGCUGCAGUGUGAGCACAAGUAUCAGUACAAGACGGAGCCUGCCUACCGCAUCUCCAACAAGGAAGAAGACAUCCAGUGGGAGAUAAUGAAUAAUGGACCUGUCCAAGCCAUUAUGGAAGUGCACAAGGACCUGUUCGUAUACAAAGGUGGAGUGUACUCGUACUCCGGACUGACAGGAAAGGAGACGGCAAUUCACUCGGUCAGGAUCAUUGGGUGGGGAGAAGCUCCCCUCCUGGGGAUGGAACCUGUCAAGUACUGGCUUGUUGCCAACUCGUGGGGUUCAGACUGGGGCGAGAAAGGCUUUUUCAGGAUCAGACGAGGAACCAAUGAAUCCGGGAUUGAAUCCUUCAUCGUUGCAGUUAGAGCCCGUCUUGCCAACCAUGUGUAUGGUGCAGCCUAAGAAAUGCCAUGAUGGUUGUAAAUAAACUAGAUACCUCUCAUGGUACUGUAGUACUAUGGGUGAGCCAUGACCAAACUAGGUGCUCAUGGUUCUGAUUUUAGUAAUUGUUAAGCAACAGCCCCAUCCAAGAAAGUAAAGGUAUAAUAUAUGUGAUCCCUCAUACAUUGGCCAAAUCUUUGUGCAGAAGCUAGGGAGCAUAACUAUAUUAGAACAGGAUCUAAGGUCCUUAUUCAUUAAUCUGGUAGACAGUCAUGUUAUUUACUGGCCUAAUUACCUCCAAAAUAUAUUUGGCAUUUUGUCAGAUAGAAAGGGGUUAAUUGUGGAAUCAUGCUUAUUCAAAUAUAGUGACUGUAUAUAUAUAUAAAGCAGAUGGUUUUAUAUACUGCAAUACUUGAGCAAAGACAAAUAAAAACAGAUCUUAAACUA